GGAAGGGACGUGAAUAAGACAACCAAGAAGCUUCUCUGAGACAAACUUCAACCACACGGACUAUUACUCGUGCAUUUUCUCUUACGGAUCACAAUACAAAUCUGUAAACAUGCCUGUGUCACGGAUGAGGAUGAGGCCAUGGCUGGAGCAGAUGAUUGAGUCUAAGGCCAUCUCCGGUCUGACCUGGAUAGACAAGGAUAAGACAAUGUUCUCCAUUCCCUGGAACCAUGCAGCCAGACAUGGAUGGGAGAUGGACAAAAACGCUUGUCUGUUCAAGCAAUGGGCCAUUUACACAGGGAAAUACGUGGAGGGCCAGAAAGCCAACUUCCGCUGCGCUAUGAACUCACUGCCUGAUAUUGAGGAGGUUAAAGACAAGAGCGUCAACAAAGGCCACCAGGCAGUGCAUGUCUUCAGGAUGCUGCCCCUCUCAAACAAAUCAAGAGAUAAACAAAGCAAAGCUAAAAAAUCUAAGUCAGAGAAGAAGGUCAGGAUGGAAAUGUCAAAUGACAAGGGUGACACAGAUGACAGCACAGUGGAGACAGAGCAGCAAGAUUUCUUACAUUACAGUCCAUCUGAAGUUCCUGACUGGUCUUCAACAGUUGAAAUCAGCUCUGACACUUUUGCAAAUAAUUUCUGUCACAGAUUACAAGUCUCACCUGAUCACAGUCCAGAGUACGACUACGACAUCAUCGAGAUUUGUCAGCAACUGGAGAAAGACUCACUCCUGAUGUCAUGCAGUUCUGACGACAAGGGGUUCCUGAACAAUGAAGCAUGCACCAGUCCAGGAAGUCAUUGGAGUGAGGCCUCCUCAGCAGACGAACUAGACGACCUGACACAGUACAUAACGCUUGGCUCAGACUUCACAUCAGUAACAGGCGACUUCUGGGACACCUUCUGCCUACAGACCCCUACCACACUGUUCUGAGAGCUCCAGGGCAGUGCUCAUUUUGGGUUUAUAUCCCCCCAUCAUCCCUUCCUUUCUGUGAAGUGAUGACAACAUCUGUGCUACUCUGUUAAGGGAACACACAGGCCCAAUCCCAAUUCACGGCUAAGGGGGAGGGCUGUUUGGCCCUUGAAACAGAGAUUUUUCAGGACCACACUACAAACGGAGGGGUAGGAAAAAUCUACCAUAAUUCUGUUUGAAUCUUCAUCAAGAUGGAGAUAAACUCUGCAAAAAAGUGCAGCAGUGUGAAGAAUGAAACACACAAAUAUAUGUAUUUUCUUCAUAAACAACUUAAUCAUUUGAUCGAUAGUUUAAUGCUGUUUCAGUGUGUUAUAGACAGUAUUUCUACGGUUUGUGGUUGAUAACCGUAAAAAGAUGCCCAAAGCCCAUGCAACAGAUGGUUACAGCUGCUGAUGGCAUGGGGAAUUCUUUCUGAAACAAAGUUGUUGCAUCUGUUAAUAGUGACAUCGAUCACAUGACAAGACUCAAAAGGGUUAUCUAAUUUCAUUUGGGAAUGUUUUGACCCCUACCCCUUGCAACUCUGUUUCAAGGGGUAGUGCCAAGUGCAAGGGCCAAGGGAGAGUAGUAAGGGGCCAAGGGGUGAAUUGGGAUUGGGCCAUAUUCUGUUCAUUAGAAGUUUUUGUCUGAUUCAAGGUAGUAUAGCGCUCAGUUUGAUGUGUUUCAUUCCAGCAGGGCUUGUAUUUAUAGAACAUAGUUUUAGAGGUAGUCUGUGUUUUUAAAGCCAAAUAAACUU